AUGCGCCACUUCGACGAGCUGCUCAGGAGGCUCCCCCCCGAGACCGAGCGCACCCAGGGCGUCUGCUUCUACGAGUACCUGGUGUGGCUCCGGCGGCUGAGGUCGGCGGCGAAGGAGACGUGGCGGAUCUUCCACAAGGCGGACGUCGAGGGCAGCCGUAGGCUCUCCGUGGCCCGCGUCGGGCGCCUGGCCGAGCUGCUGGGCUUCACGCUGGUGGGCGACGUCGUCGGCGAGCUCCUGGGGGAGGUCGGGGUGCCUGACCUGAGCGAGGGCCUGGACUUUGGCGCGGUGCUGCGGUUCGUGCGCGCCUGCCGUGCUCGCCACGGCCUCAGCGGCCGCGAGCGGGAGGAGUACCUCGCCGCGUUCCAGAAGUUCGACACGGGAAACAGGUGUGAGCUGACGACCUCCCAGGUGUUGAACCUGCUCAGGCACAUGGGGCAGACCGUCCGGGUGGACGAGGUCUACGGCCUGAUAGACAUGGUGGAUUUCAACAAGAACGCCAUGGACCCCGACGAGUUUUUAACGCUGAUGACGCUCAUGCGCGAGAAGGAGGUCGCCCACGCGCAGAAGAUUUUCGACUCGCUGCGCGCAGGAGCCCCAGUUCUGCCAAAGGAGCAACUCGCGGAGGCCCUGACGCUCGCCUCCGAGAAGCCGCCGCUGCAGGCGGUGCUGGAGGAGAUGCUCGCGAAGGUGACGUUCGACGAGUUCUGGGGCAUGCCUGGGCGACUUCUCGGAGCAGGUCUUCCGCCAGAUCGAGGAGAUCUUCGCGGCACUCGGCGGGCCGCAUGCGUCCAUUCGAUCGGGGAGCUGAUCGUCAUGCUCUCCGGGUCCAAGUUCCCGGUGAACACGGCCCCGGGGCGCAGGGACCUGCUGCGGCGGCUGGAGGCGGCCCGGGCGCAGGCCGUGGCGGCGGGCGUGCCGGAGGCGGAGCUGGGGCCCGGCGACGGCGAGGAGGUGGCAUUCUACACCUGCGUGCACCUCGUCAGGGGCAUCGUUCGCGAGGCCGAGAUGGCAGAGAUGGCGCGCGAGGAGGAGGUGCUGGCCCAGACGCGCUUCACGAGCGACGAGGCCGCAGAGUUCCGGCUGGUGUUCAUGGAGAUCGCGCAGCGAGGGAGGGGCAAGCGGCCCAGCAUUGGCCUCGGCGGUCUCUUGGACGAGCUCACGACCCAGCCCGCGAUCGGGGAGCACGACAUGAUGAACAUGCUCAGGACGAUGGGCAUGCGCGUGUCCCCGAACCAGUUGCAGGAGCUCAACUCCAAGAUCCGCGAGGCGACCGCGUCUGGCAAGCGGGCGGGGGCCGAGGUGGACUUCGUGUGCUUCCUGCGGCUGAUCUCGAAGAGGAAAAAAACGGACUACGCUGGCGUGAACACCGCGGCCGCCCUGGCGUCUGCGGCGGCGCCGCCGGCGCCGAAGGGCGCGCCCCGCGCGCUGGACCGCUCGUCCCGCGUGCAGGCGCGUGCGCUCGUGAAGGGCGCGGCGUGA